AUGCUAGGUGACCUUGGAGCCGAAGUAAUCAAGAUCGAACAUCCCAUCCGAGGCGACGACACCCGAGCAUGGGGACCUCCAUACGCCACCUACACUGACGACAGCGGUAAGCAAGGCUCCGGCGAAAGUGCUUACUUCCUGAGCGUCAAUCGCAAUAAGAAGUCCCUAGGUCUCUCCUUCCAACACAAAAGUGGCGUCGAGAUCCUACACAAGCUUGCCAAAGACUGCGAUAUUCUCGUCGAGAACUACCUACCCGGUGCUCUGAAGAAAUAUGGCAUGGACUACGAAAGCGUGGCGAAGGUCAAUCCAGGUUUGAUUUAUGCCAGCAUAACAGGCUAUGGUCAAACAGGACCGUACAGUAGUCGAGCAGGCUACGAUGUCAUGGUCGAAGCGUACGUCAGGUAUAGCGUCUAUACUUCGUCAUAA